UGAAGUGAUUGAUUUGUCCAGUUUUGAAAAUUUUUACGAUAUUGUUUCUCUACAAUUCAUAUACUCUCGGGUCUGACAAUUUAAAGAACCGUGUCAGCCAUUUUUGAUCAGUUGCGGUGAACUUGUGCAAUUUGUUCCACACGACGAGGCGAUAAAAAUGACGUUCCUCCAGAACUUCAUUAAUCGUUUUAUUCCCACGGUCAAGGCGGACGAUGAAGAAUUGGUCGAUCCUCAGAAAGUUCUCAGAGAAAAAUGCUCAGAGAACAAAUGCAGCGCUUUCCAAGAGAAACUUAGCACGUGCAACGACAGAGUUAAUUCUAGAAAACAGACGGAAGAGACUUGUUUGGAAGAACUGAUAGAUUACGUCAGUUGCGUAGAUCACUGCGCUUCUCAUGAUUUAUUCAGCAAGCUCAAGUAACAACCUGUCCGUCACUGCUUCGCUUAACGAACAAUUGGUAAAUCAUUGCUGCAACAUUAUACUAGUUAUACUCGCUACAUAUUGUAUAUAAAAAUCCAAAUGUUAGAAAUAAACCAGAUGUGAGGAACUCCACAAAA